AUGUACCGUAGUCCACUUUCGGCCAACAACAGCACGGAAGAGAACUUGGAGGCUAAGAUACCGAAAUCGCAACAUCUGUACGAAACAUAUCUACCCCGUCAAGACGGUACGAUUCGUCGAUUUGGAUUGGCUAGGCGAAGACUGGGAAGAGGUGGACGGGUUGUGUUUGACCGAUUUCAACGCGCUGACGCCCCUCGUGUACCUGAUCCACGCGAUCCAUUCCUCGAUGAUUUUCUACAAGAUGGCUCAGUGUCUUUCCGAGCACGGCUUCGCCCUUUGGUUGAAAUUGAUUCACAUAGAAGUAGAUUCCUUCAUUGGGAUAGAGCUAUGGAAGAGGAUUGUGAAAAGCGGUGGUUAACAAGUGGCAAUUGUCCAAGUAGCAGUGGUUGUCCUCCUUCACAGGAUAAUCAUGACUCAGAUAGUCAGCCCGCAUCUGCAAUGUCUAUAUCUUCCAAUCCACCUUCCGCCACUCAGUCGGGAAACGGAUUGGCGGGCAGAGUGGACCCAUCUACCCCCACGUCGACUAAGGAGUAUGAAGCUGUACCAGUGUCGGAUGAGUGGCGGGAAGCUAGCGGGUCACCAUCGGAGUCAAAUUCGUCUUCGGAAUGGGUACCCCCAUCCAUGGGCACACAAAUCUAUCCGGUCCUAUCAAGUGAGGAGGAAGCUCGAACUGGGGACCACCCGAUUGCAAAACAGCCGCCCAUUAAUGUUAAA